AUGCCUCGUGACCGCUUGAAACGCAAAACAAAAAAGCCCAAGGGCGAGAAAGAAUCUACUAAUGAAGAGGUCUUGCCUAGCAAGCGGCCCAAGUUAGAGGCAUCUGUUACGACAGGAUCGCCUAGUCUAAAACCACCAUCGGCAAGAUUUGCGUUUAUUGAAACUAAAUCCAAGGUCAAGAAAGCCCGUCGUCGUGCACAUAAAAAAGCAGACGUACUCGUUCCUCGUGUGCCUUCUCCGGCUUUAGUCUCAUCCAAACCGUCUUCGCCGAGCGAUGUACCAGUCCAAAAUUCUAGGUCUGCUCGGACCUCUGUGUCCUCCUCAAAAUUCACAUCCCCUCUCAUUACGAAAAAGGGGAGAGAUGGAAAGAAAAAUUUGGUGGCGGGAGCUACUCGACUUCAAGCAGCCCGUGAACGGGCUUCAGAACACUGGAUUGAAAACGCCGGGACGGAUCGCCCAAGGGGACUUACUAAGUCUUUUGUCGGCAAUGAUGAACAGAAAGAGAUUCUGAAGUUCCAUGCUACAAACAACCUGGGACUACGAGACUGGCCAGAGAUAUCCCUCGGCCAGUCUGGACCAAUGCCUCGUUGGCGGCUUCGAGAAGUCGAAGAAGAUCCAAAGGAUGGCCGAGAUCUCCACAAGGAUCUAAUAAGAACACAUAGAAAGAGAACACACAUUAGGAAUGUGGACCAGGAUGAUCACCCUCGAUCUGGUGAUUCCAGUGUCGGCCUUGGUACUCUUUGCUGGAUAUUCGAGCCCGGCCCGUCUACGUUAUGGAAGGGAUUGACUCAGGAGCAGCUAUACGAGUUUGCAUAUCUAUGUCUUCUGGAUGCUCUGAAUGACUUUAGGAGCCGAGAUUUCAUCCGUGCAACGAUUAAGCGUGCCAAGUUGAAGUCCAUUCGCAACGUGGAAGACCCAUUGCCACCACCACCUCCACCACCGAGAGUAACAUACUUUGGACCAAGAGCUGGCGUUGCUGAAUGGCCCAAGAUACCGCCUCAGAUCAAAGGUGACCUGGACCAUUACUAUGGCAUCCGAUCCGCUCGUCCUUCGUUGGCUGUUCGAGAGGGAUCGAAUAUUCCGAGUCAGCCAAGAACAUACUACGAUGUCGAUAUGAUGAGGCAUCAUAUGAAAGGCACUUUGAGAGGUCCUGGAGAGAUCUCUGACACCUUUGAUCCUGUUGCUUUUCCUGUGCCGCAAAGUGUGUCUGAAGGUGGACAUGGACUCCGAAAAUCAUCUCUGUCCAAGGAAUGGGACCCGGAAAAAGAUGCAAGAGAAGAUAAUAAUCGAAAUCCUCGGCUGGGUGAGUACAAAAUUUUGUAUUUCAUUGUGAUUCUCAUAAUACUUUCCAUGUUUCUAUGUCUUUUCCUGUAUGCUUUCAGAAUUGUGAGGUGA